AUGGAGACUCACAAUCGUAGGCUUCCGUUUGCCGUCCUCCUUUUGAUCCCUGGACUGAUGUACGGACGAGUCCUCAUCAACGUCUCAAGGAAAAUACGUGAAGAGUACAAUGAGGCUGGUUCUAUUGCCGAGCAAGCUAUCUCACUGGUGAGAACCGUUUAUGCAUUUGGUAGUGAGAGGAAGAUGAUAUCGAAAUUCUCAGUUGCGCUUCAAAGCUCGGUUAAGCUAGGAGUGAGACAAGGACUAGCUAAAGGAAUCGCACUUGGGAGCAAUGGAAUCACUUAUGCCAUUUGGGGGUUUAUGGCUUGGUACGGAAGUCGAAUGGUUAUGGACCAUGGUGCCAAAGGCGGUACCAUCUUUGUAGUCAUCAUAUGCAUCACCUUGGGUGGCCAAGCACUUGGUGGAGCUUUAUUAAAUCUUAAAUAUUUCUCAGAGGCCAUUGUAGUAGGGGAAAGGAUUAUCAAAGUUAUGAAAAGAAUUCCCGAUAUUGAUUCAGACAACACAGAAGGUCAGACUCUAGAGGAAAUUAAAGGUGAAGUCCAAUUCAUGCACGUGAAGUUCAUGUACCCAUCUAGACCUGAAACUCCAAUAUUUGACGAUUUAUGUCUAAAAAUCCCCUCUGGUAAAACUGUGGCUCUGGUGGGUGCAAGCGGAUCAGGAAAAUCAACUGUGAUAUCGCUUUUGCAAAGGUUCUAUGACCCAAUCGCAGGAGAGAUUCUUUUAGAUGGUGUAUCCAUACGUGAGCUGCAAGUUAAGUGGCUGAGGUCGCAAAUGGGUCUAGUUAGCCAAGAACCAGCGCUCUUCGCCACAUCAAUAGAAGAAAACAUAUUAUUUGGUAAAGAGGACGCAUCCAUUGAUGAAGUUGUUGAAGCUGCAAAGGCCUCAAAUGCUCAUGAUUUCAUUUCUCAGUUCCCACAUGGUUACAAAACUCAGGUUGGGGAGAGAGGAGUGCAAAUGUCGGGAGGUCAGAAGCAAAGGAUCGCAAUUGCACGAGCGAUAAUCAAAUCCCCGAAAAUUCUUCUUCUAGAUGAGGCAACGAGCGCGUUGGACUCAGAAUCCGAAAGAGUAGUCCAAGAAGCUUUAGACAAUGCCUCUCUUGGCCGUACAACUAUUGUGAUAGCCCAUCGCCUCUCUACCAUUCGUAAUGCUGAUGUUAUUUAUGUAGUUGAUAAUGGCCGUGUUGUAGAAACUGGAUCACAUGAAGAGCUCAUGAAGAACUUAGAUGGUCAAUAUACUUCUCUAGUCCGGUUACAACAGAUGGAGGAUGAAGAAUCAUAUGGUGACAACAGCGUAAAUGUGCCAGAGGGUCAAAUCCCGAUUUUGAGCAAAGAUUUGAAGCACCCUAUUCAAAACCAAGCUAACUUGUUAAAGACUUCAAGCGUUGAUACAAAUCUUUCAAGUUUGACACGCAAGGUUAAGAAGCCGCCUGUGCCAUCAUUUAAGAGAAUGAUGGCGCUGAACAGAACAGAGUGGAAACAAGCAUUGUAUGGUUGCAUAAGUGCAGCUUUAUUUGGGGCUGUAACACCAAUUUAUGCAUAUGCUUCGGGAUCAAUGGUGUCAGUUUAUUUCCUAACGGAUCAUGACGAGAUGAAGAAGAAAACGAGGAUCUACGCGUUGUCUUUUCUUGGUCUAUCUAUCAUGUGUUUCUUGAUCAGUAUUGUUCAACAUUAUAGUUUUGCUUACAUGGGGGAAAACCUAACAAAACGUAUCCGUGAAAAGAUGCUCUCGAAGAUAUUGACCUUUGAAGUCAGUUGGUUCGAUGAAGAUGAGAACUCGAGUGGUGCAAUUUGCUCUAGACUUGCAAAAGAAGCUAACUUCGUGAGAUCUCUGGUAGGUGAAAGGAUGUCAUUACUGAUAGAAACCAUAUCAACAGUGAGCAUAGCUUUCACACUUGGUUUGGUCAUCGCAUGGCGAUUAGCCAUAGUGAUGAUCGCUGUGCAACCAGUGAUUAUUAUGUGUUUCUACACUCAACGUGUUCUGCUCAAGAGCAUGUCAAAAAAAGCUCUUAAAGCCCAAGAUGAGAGCAGCAAACUAGCCGCAGAAGCUGUCUCCAACAUCCGAACCAUUACAGCUUUCUCCUCACAAGAACGGAUCUUGAAAAUACUCAAAAUGUUUCAAGAAGGUCCACGUAAAGAAAGUGUUCGCCAAUCGUGGUUAGCCGGGAUUGUGCUGGGAACUUCACGAAGUCUCAUAACGUGCACUUCGGUCUUGAACUACUGGUACGGUGGAAGACUAAUUUCUCAAGGGAAGAUCACGUCAAAAGCAUUCUUUGAGAUGUUUAGCGUCUUUGUGAGCGCUGGUUGGGUUAUUGCAGAUGCUGGGGCCACGACGACGGAUCUUGCCAAGGGCUCAGAUGCAGUUGGGUCUGUUUUUGCAGUGUUAGAUCGAUGCACAACCAUUGAGCCAGAAAACCCUAAUGGAUUUCUUGCAGAGAAAGUAAGUGGACAAAUCGAGUUUCUCAACGUAGACUUCGCUUACCCAACAAGACCAAACAUGCUUAUAUUCAAAGACUUCUCCAUUGAGAUAGAAGAGGGAAAGUCAACAGCAAUUGUGGGUCCGAGUGGGUCAGGUAAAUCCACAAUAGUUGGCUUGAUCGAGCGGUUCUAUGAUCCUUUAAAGGGUACUGUAAAAAUAGAUGGUCAUGAUAUAAGAUCGUAUCAUCUGAGAUCGCUUCGUCAACACAUUGCUUUAGUUAGCCAAGAGCCAACGUUGUUCUCCGGGACUAUCCGAGAGAACAUCAUGUACGGAGGAGCAUCUGACAAGAUCGACGAGUCAGAGAUCAUCGAGGCGGCCAAGGCAGCGAACGCUCACGAUUUCAUCACAUCACUAUCCAACGGCUAUGACACACAUUGCGGGGACAGAGGAGAGCAAUUGUCCGGUGGACAAAAACAGAGAAUCGCGAUCGCUCGAGCGGUGCUGAAGAACCCUUCGGUGUUGCUCCUCGACGAAGCUACGAGCGCUUUAGACAGUCAGUCGGAGCGCGUGGUUCAAGACGCACUCGAGCGCGUGAUGGUGGGAAGGACGAGCGUUGUGAUUGCACACAGGCUGAGCACGAUCCAGAACUGCAACGCGAUCGCAGUUUUGGACGAAGGAAAAAUAAUCGAACAUGGGACCCACUCGUCUUUGUUGGCAAAGGGUCCCACGGGUGCUUAUUUCUCAUUGGUCAGUCUCCAGAACACUCUCUCUUGA